AUGCCGGCUGUCACCCGCAGUCUCCGGUCAUCGACGCGCCUGAACACGGUCCCGGCAGCGGAUGGGAAGGAGCCAUCGGCUGGGAAACCCAAGAUCGGCGCCAAGACAGAGAAGAAUAAGAAGCAACUUUCGGAAACCACGCCUCCGCCCAAGGCCGCUGCAGCUGGCCGCAAGAGAAAAGUAGCCGAGGAAGCAGUUGAAAAGGAAGAGGAGACCAAGCGCGAGGCGGUUGAGGACGAGCCCAAACCGAAGCCUGCCAAGAAGGCCAAGAAGCCGGCGACAGGGAAGAAGGAGACGCCGCCAAAGAAGACCAAGGAGGAACUCAAAGCCCUCCGCGAGGCGCCCGUCCCGGAUGUCAACCCCGAGGCUGAGCCCCGGGACCCGCCGGGCCAAAAGUACUGGCUGAUGAAGUCGGAGCCGGAUGUGCGCAUCGAGGACGGGUAUGAGAUCAAAUUCUCCAUCGAUGACCUGGCUGCCAAGAAGACACCCGAGGGCUGGGAGGGGAUCCGGAAUUAUGUCGCGCGCAACAACCUACGAGGCAUGCGAAAGGGCGACAAGGCCUUCUUUUACCACUCCAAUUGCAAGGAGCCGGGCGUCGUUGGUAUCAUGAGUAUAGCCAAGGAGCACUCGCCCGACUGGAACGCCUGCAUCAAUGAUAAUCCUUACUACGAUGACGGCGCUCCGCACGACGGUAGCAAAUGGAGCCUCGUACACGUCAAGAUUGAGCACAAGUUUCCGCGGAUCGUGCCGCUGAGCCUCCUCAAGGAGUCGCGGGGCAACGGCCCGUUGCAGAACAUGGAGCUCCUUAAGCAGUCCCGUCUCAGCGUCAACAAGGUUACGCGGGAGGAGUGGGACGAAGUCAUCCGCAUGGCCAAGGAGCUCGACGAGGACAAGGAAUGGGACAAGACUGUUGAAGAGUCGAAGAAGUUCCCCAAUUACUCUGCAGCGUAG